CCGUAUAGCGACCAAUAGCGACAAUUUACGGCAUCUGAAAUCUGACAUAAGAUUUUCUCGUAAUUUCACACCGGCUGUGGUCAAUAAAAUAUAAAAGCAUAUUUAUAUUACUUUCUGCGAGUUCCGUUUAUUGUUUCGUAAAUAUGGAAAACGAUAUAUUAGAUUCGUUAAAUGAUUUAGGUUAUGAAGGCCCGCUCACAGAUGAGACGGCCUUCUCAAAGGCUCUGGAUGGCGGUGCCAAGUCUUUGGAGUUCACAAAACUCAUCCACAUACUGGCUGAAGAGCUGAAGAGACUGUGCAACUUGGAGGAGACAGUCAACAUGAUGAAUGAUCCCGAUGAAUCCAGUUCCUUUCUAUUAGAGUUGAGCUCGUUUCUCAAAGAACUCGGGUGUCCGUAUAAAAAGCUGGUAACAGGUCACAUGUCUUCCCGUCUCCAAACUAAAGAAGAUCUCUUGUUAUUACUGGACUACUUAAUAUCGGAGCUAAUGGCAGCCCGGAUGGUGAAGGUAGACUGUCCUGUAGACAAGCAGGCUGCUGGCAUGGAGAUUGUCAUGCAAGAAUCACCAACUGCCAAAGACUUGAAAGACAUCUUAGUAACAUUAAAGUUUAACAAGCCACCGCCCAACAUUACACCGGAAAUGUUGUUCUCCAAACUAGAAGCUAAACUUAAGGACACCAUACAGAAAGAAGGUGAUCAGCUAGUAGGUAAGCCAUUAUACAACAAAGCACUGACAGAGAAAGACUGGAAGCAGCUCGAGAACAACUUCACGGAGAUGUUUGAGGAGUACAGACUCCGCAGGGAGACGCUCAUCACCAGGCUGGAGUGUACUAUACAGAGUUUUGAGUGGUCAGAUCGCCUGAAAACAAAGAAGGACAUUAUCCAGUCUACGUAUCGUCCAAAACGCGAGGGUUUGAAGGUGAAGCCUGACGUCAAACUAUCAGACUUCCUAGCGGCAAGAACGUCUUUGUUACUUGUAGAAAAGACUUCAAGCGCUACCGUCAGGAAGAAUACUCAGACGGAAGUUAAUAAAGUACUUAUUGGGAAGGUACCCGAUCGUGGAGGCAGGCCUAAUGAACAAGCAUUAGUUAUGCCUACAUGGGAGCCCAGGACAGUUGCUGGUCCCCCCACCGGCGGCGGUCGCGGGGGCAGGGGGGGCUUCAACAACACUGGUGGGGGCUUCAACAACACGGGCGGGGGUCGCGGCGGGGGCCCACACGGCGGGGGGCAGGGCGCGGGCCGCGGGAGCGACGCGCCCGGGCGGGGCGAGGCGCGCGGCGGGCGCGGGGCCCGGGGCCGCGUGCAGGGCGGCUACAGCCAGGGCGCGGGGGACCACGGCAGGUCUCAAGCGUCACCUGGGUACAACCAGAAUAGAAACUACCAAACAUAUGAAGUACCCCCCGGUGGUUACAACAACCAGGGGGGCUACCAGGGGAGCAAUCACAACCAGGGCUACAACCAACAGUACAACCAAAACCAGAACUACAACCAAGGUUAUAGCGGUGGUUACAACCAGCAGGGGUAUGACAGUAUGGGCAGUUUUAAUCAAGGAUAUGGGCAGGGCGGCAGCGGCGGCUACAACAAAGGCUAUCAAUCCAACCAGGGCUACCAGCAGAACCAAGGCUACCAGUCCAACCAGGGCAACCAAGGUUAUCACUCCCGGGGCUACCAGAACGAGCACGACGACCGGGACAGACGCGGCCGGGGCGGUUACAGGGGGCGUCGUUGACAACUUUAUACCCGGUAACAAAUUUAACUGUUAUCCCACGUUUAAACGAAAUGUAUAGUCAGCCGUUUACUUCAAGCCUACUGGCUAUGUAA